AUGGUGGUGGGGGCGUCGGCCUCCCGGGCGCUCCUGCUGCUGCCGCCGCUCCUGCCGCUGCCGCAGGUGGCGCUGGGCUUCUCGGACGGCAGCUGCGACCCCUCGGACCUGUGCCCGCCCCAGGCCCGCUGGAGCAGCCUGUGGCACGUGGGGCUUAUCUUACUCGCUGUCCUGCUGCUGCUGCUGUGUGGGGUCACAGCCAGCUGUGUCCGAUUCUGCUGCCUCCGGAAACGGGUACAUAGCCGGCCACACCUGCCACCAACACCUCAGCCUUGUGACCUGACGGUCAGCCCUGUGGACAGUGACAGCCCCGUGCACAGCACUGUGACCUCUUAUAGCUCUGUGCAGUACCCGCUGGGCGUGCGGCUGCCCCUUCCCUUUGGGGACCUGGACCUCGACUCCAUGACCCCUCCUGCCUACAGCCUGUAUGCCCCUGAGCUGCCACCCUCCUAUGAAGAAGCUGUCAAGAUGGCCAAACCCAGACAGGAAGAGCCACGGCCCUCUCAGUAACCCCAUCUUCCCCCUGGGGCCUGAGGCCUAGAGACAUCGGCGGGGCUCCAGGAGCCGGCUCCAGUGCCCUAGCAGCCCUGGCUGUCGUCCUGGCGCCCCUCAAAAGCAGAGGAAAACUCUCUUGAACCUCCCAGUUGUGCCAGCCACCUUGUGCUCAGAAGGGACCCCCCAGCACACCCCUGCCGUCCCGCCCCAGAGAAGGCCAGCCCAUCCAGCACAUUGCCGCAGCCUUGGCCUCGUUGCUGUGUAACGCCAGGCCGCCCAGCCAGCUGGCCCUGCGUGGGCCGCACACAUGAACCUCACUCGGGCACGCACACGGGGGCUGUUGCGUUCAGCCCUGACCCCAGAGGCCCGAGCCUCGGGGCUGGCGGUGACACCCCCAGCUUUUUGGAGA